AUGAGACAGCUCGGUAUCAAGGCUGAUAAUCCAGAGACCAACCAUUUUGUCCUCGUUCAUGGUGGUGGUUUUGGUGCCUGGUGCUGGUAUAAAAGUAUUGCAUUACUGGAAGAAGAUGGAUAUAAAGUAACUGCAAUAGAUUUGACUGGUUCUGGGAUUCAUUCAUUUGACACAAAUAGCGUCAAAAGUCUCCAUCAAUAUGUGAAGCCACUUAUUGAUUUUUUUGAAAAGCUUGCUGAUGGGGAGAAGGUGAUUUUAGUAGGACAUGAUUUUGGUGGGGCGUGCAUAUCAUAUGUAAUGGAGUUGUUUCACUCCAAAGUUUCAAAAGCUGUUUUUACUGCUGCAGCUAUGUUGGUUAGCGGGCAAAGUACCCUUGAUCUGUUCUCCGAAAAGGUGGAUUCAAAUGAUCUGAUGCGACAGGCUCAGGCAUUCAUAUAUGCUAAUGGGAACAAUCAGCCUCCAACUGCUAUUGAUUUCGAUAGAGCUGUAAUAAAGGAGUUACUAUUCAACCAGAGUCCUGCCAAGGACGUUGCGUUGGCAUCAGUCUCAAUGAGGUCGAUCCCUUUUUCACCAGUUCUUGAGAAGCUCUCUCUUUCUGACACGAAGUAUGGCUCUGUGAGGCGGUUUUAUAUUGAAACUCAAGAAGAUAAUGCCAUACCAAUCGCUUUACAGGAAAGCAUGAUAAACAAAAGUCCCCCAGAGAGACUAUUCUGUCUUAAAGGCGCGGAUCACUCGCCAUUUUUCUCAAAGCCUCAAGCGCUACAUAAACUGUUUGUAGAGAUCUCGAAUAUCCCAUGAGCUUACAUAUUUCCUUGGGCUAUUAGUUUUUCAUAAGUCCAUCUUUCAGUGGCCACUGACAUGCUUCAUGCUUCAAGCACCUCAUAUGCUACCACACAUCCUGAUGAGGCCUAUCCCAAAUCAGAGAUGUUGCUCGUAGUUUUCAUAGAUUUGGGCUGACACACGAGUGAUAAAUAGCUUAUUGACGUUUAAGAAUCUAUUUUGGUUCUAUUGAACUCGUAGAAUGUUAAUUUAUACAUUUCUGUUUUACUA